AGCUCAAUAUACUGUAUAUAAUAAAACAUAUUUGACGUCAGAGUUGUUUUUGUUCGCACGUGCUUUGUUUUCUUUCAAACGCCAAUGACGUCAUAUAGAGCGAAAUGAUCUAGAAACAGAAGCAACACGAAAUAGUGAAAAAGAUUCAACGCGGAGAUUUAAAUCAGCUGAGUAAAGUAUUUGCUGUAGGCACUGAUCUUUGGAGAGAUAGAAAUGACGAAUUUCCGUGAAAAUAGGAGGUCUGUAAAGAACCGUCGACUGCGCCGCCUGCUGUUAGCCGCUAGAACUGCAGCCACAGCCGGUAUUUACUGUUGUGUUAAACCGGACGAUGGAGAAAACACGACAACGGGCAUCGAUCACACGACCGUCCACGAAGGCACAACUAUUUCUCAGUCCUGGUUGUGUGAACAUGACACGGAACCGGCUCUGGUCCGACCCAAAGAGGUUGUUCGGGACCAGAUGACGGAUCUGUUGGUAUCCAAGAUUCAGCUGGAGGACAGAGUGAAGGAGCUGGAGGAAAUGCUCUGUGAGACACGCAGAGACUGUGACCUGAAACAUAAGGAGGCUUACAGAAUCCUCCAGUCUGAAAAUAAUGAGAUGAAGAAAACCAUCAUUCAGCUGAAGGAAGAGAACGAGGAGAUGAAGAAGACUUUAAGUCACAAGGAGGAGUUCCUGAAGAAGCGAGCGCGACAGGUUCAAGUCAUCCUCCAAGCAGAAAACUUUGAGAUACAGGAGACCAUUGCUCAGCUGGAGGAGGAGAAGUCUGUCAUGAUAAUCCAGAUAGAGAAUCAGAGAAACAUAGUGAUGGACAUGGGAAACCUGGUCUUUGACUUGAACCUGGAGAUUGCUGAUCUAAUGAAUGAGCAUGAGCGAGAGAGGGAGGCUCACAACGUUCUCCAGAAUGAGUAUGAUGAGAUGAAGAAGAUCCUGAAACAAAAGGAGGACCUACUGAAUGAGUGUGAGCGAGAGCAGGCGGGUCACAGCAUUCUCCAGGCUGAGAACAGCCAGAUGAAGAAGACUCUGAUUGACAAGGAGGAGUCACUGAAUGUCACUCUGGCUCAAGCUGUGAAAUUUAUGGAUAUGACCAGUAAGCUGGAGGUGGAGAAGACUCACCUGACAAAACAGGUGAAGAAGCUGAAAGGAUCAUUGGAGAACAUGGAGAAACAGCUCAGUAAUAAACAGCUGCAGUGUGUUGAUCUUGCAAAUGAGUGUGAGCGAGAGCAGGCGGGUCACAGCCUCCUCCAGGCUGAGAACAGCCAGAUGAAGAAGAUUUUGAUUAACAAGGAGGAGUUACUGAAUGCCACUCUGGCUAAAGCUGUGGAGGAUGUGGAGAAGACUCACUUGACAAAACAGGUGGAGAAGCUGAAUGGAUCAUUGGAGGACACGGAGAAACAGCUGCAGUUUGUUGAUUUUGUGAGUGAGUGUGAGCGAGAGCAGGCGGGUCACAGCGUCUUCCAGGCUGAGAACAACCAGGUGAAGAAGACUCUGAAUGACAAGGAGGAGUUACUGAAUGUCACUCUGGCUCAAGCUGCGAAAUAUAUGGAUAUGACCAGUAAGCUGGAGGUGGAGAAGACUCACCUGACAAAACAGGUGAAGAAGCUGAAAGGAUCAUUGGAGGACAUGGAGAAACAGCUCAGUAAUAAACAGCUGCAGUGUGUUGAUCUUGCAAAUGAGUAUGGGCUAGAGCGGGAGACUCACUGAUUAAAAAGAAGAAAGGAUGAAAAAAUAAAUAAUGUGUUUAUGUAAUAAAGAAAUUUGUUCGUAAUAAAAAAUGAGUGGAUGUGUUUUUC